AUGCGUGAUGAACGGCCGGCUGUUGCCACAAGUGCUGCACGUGUCGCCGCCGAUGAUCGGACGUGGAAGAUGGCGUCUGAAGCGCGAACCUUCAUCAGAUCCCGUGAAGAACCGUCUUCCGCAGAUCUGCGCCCACAUUGUACGGCUGAUCCUAAAACGUCAAAGCGAAGCGAAUCCUUCUCGUUGGACACGGCGCUCAUCGUCGAGCUGCAGAACAUGACGAACGAGGCAGCCAUCCGUGACAUGAUACGACGGAUCGAGCAGUCUAUGACGCUCGCUGCGAGCCUCGCAGAAGAUCAGCCAUCCACAUCUACGACGACCAUCACGUUGCCGGUGGAGCCGCCGACGAGCACGUCGACGUUCGAAGAGUCGCCGUCCAAGCAUACGAGGUCCAGCACCGUCGAUACACAAACGCCUGCAACCAGUGAAGAAACAUCUCGCUUCACGAGCGGCAAGAAAGGUAGCGCAACUCGCGAGUCCACCAGCUCAACGACUUCCAGCAAGGGCGAGAGCAGCAAUGCCACAGGUAAAACGGAAUCCGAUUGGUAUCCGUUUUGCCUACAGUUCAAGGUCCUCGCCCUGGUCGCGGUGGCAGUACUCCUGUUCGUGGUGGUCGUCUUGAUCCCGCGCUUGAACCGCACUCGGGGCUCGUUGGCGCGCUCGAGUCAAGAGCGACGUGACUGGUCGAGUGUGUGCAAAAAGCCGGCCUGCCACAGAGCCCUCGACUCGCUGAUAGAGCCCAUGGACUUGAACGUGUCUCCGUGCGACGACUUUUACAGGCACGUGUGUGGUCGAUGGAGGGCUAGAAAUCCGAAGCGCCUGAGCUACGCCUCUGAGAACCACCACAACUUCCUCAUGGGUAUUCACCGCAGAUUGGCUGGCCAUUCAUUCGACUCUCGCUGGAACGGUAGUGACACGCCACCAAACCACGGCGGCUGCGAGCGGCGCAAUCGCAUUGUGGCCGCUUUCUACGCCAGCUGCCUACACUUCGGGCGUCGACCGUCUAUCCCAUCUCUGCGCGCCGUGCUUUCUAGGGUUCCUAAAAAGUUAUCGUUUUACGUGCGUGGCCUCGUCGAAGUGGGAGAAGUCUUGCGUGCGUUGGGCGACUGGAGAGAACCGGAUGUGGUCAACCUGUACACGCUCCUUGUGCCAGCGGCCCAACUGUUCGCCUACGUCCGACCGUGGCUGGUCCCUAGGAACGACCGCGAAGACAGAGUCAUUCCAGCCUGCCUUCGUGCAACAGAGCACCGCUUUGUCUCGGUAUUUUCCUCGAUGCUAGCAGCCUGGACGGAGACGAAUCGGGCUCGGUUGUACUUCCGCGACAUGGUGUCGACGCUGAGACGCGCCCUCGGGAAUACAAUUCCUGACAAAAACGACCUGGCGAGAAACGAAGUAGAUGCAUAUGUUGCAUUCAGGGUCGUGACCAUCGCCGAGCGAAAUCAGAGCGAGUGUGCGUGUCGCAUGGAAGACCUGUCCUCAAUAUCCCUCUCCAUCAACGACUUCAUCGGUAACUUGAUCCUUCUGUUCAAAGAGGACCGGUUCACCAGCGCUAAACAGUCCCGCGCACACAUAGCAAAGGCUGUAAAAGACGGCUUGUACCAACUUCCCAGUUGCCUCGGGUCAUUUGUAUCAGGAGCAGGACACACAGUGAUCGUACCUCCGCUGUACCUGUCUGGAGAGCUUCUGCAAGCCGAAGCGUCCGAGCCAAGCCUGGACGUUCCCACGGUAGGAGUGCCUAUCCUGAUCUCCUGGGCACGUUCGAUAAUGUCCACCGGAGAAGACGACUGGUCCACGACAGCUGCAUCGUACGGCAGUUGCGUGCGCAAAAACCAUCCUCUGGAUCACGCACUGAGCGACAGGGCCUCCGACGAAGCGCUGCUCACUAAUGCGCUGCUCGUGCCUUGGGCGAUAAGUGUGGCGUUGACCGCAGCAGCCACGAUGACUGGGAUAGAACACGGUGCCUUCAGUUAUGCAGCAUCAAAAUCAUCCGUCACUGGAACAGUUGACGACGGCAUACCGAAGGAGCUAGAAGAAGUAUUUGACAUCAUCGAGCAAAGCAAGGGCCAGAUGAUCACGUGGCUAAAGGACUUGGUUGCCAUCCCCAGCGUGUCAGCCGAAAAACAACACCACAAGGACAUCAUGCGUGCCAUCAAAGAAACCGGCACGAUACUGCAAGAACAAGGCGUCCACAUCACUGAGGCUCCCCUCGGCGACCAGCAGCUGCAGGACGGAAGCAAGGUUCCGUUGCCGCCGCUGCUGUUGGCCACAACGGGCCAAGAAGCCGCCAAGAAGACCCUGUGCGUCUACGGACACCUGGACGUCUAUCCGGCACGCAAGGAGGACGGCUGGACGGCGGAUCCGUUUCUACCGACGGAGCAAGACGGCCGACUCUUCGCAAGAGGCGUAGCGUCUGUCAAGGGUCCCCUGGUUGCAUGGAUCGCGGCUCUGUAUGCUUUCCGCAAGAGCGCCGCAAAAGCUGCGCCCGUCAAUCUCAAAUUCCUGAUUGAGAGCAUGGAAGAAGUUGGCUCGCAGGGAUUGGAUUCCUACCUGGCGGCGAACGCCAAGGAGGACUUCUUCAAAGGCAUAAACUUUGUCUGCGUUGCCGACGGCUUCUGGCUGAACCAACGCACACCUUGCCUCAGCUACGGGCUCAGGGGAUUGUGUUCCUUCAACGUGGAGAUUGGCUCCGCUAAACCAGAUCUUGAAUCUGGUGCCGACGGUGGAGCAUUGCACGAGCCGAUGGCGGACGUUGUCUUCCUGCUGGACAGCCUGAUGGGCACCCGCGGUCACGUCGCCAUAGAAGGCUUCCACGAAGACGUGGCCCCAAUCACGGAUACCGAGUGGAAGCUGUACGAGCACGUGGACUUCGAUCCGGUCGAGUACCAGAGUACGCACGGCAUCCGGCGCGUCACCAUCGACGACAGGGUGCAACUGCUCAUGCGCAAAUGGCGAUACCCAUCUCUCACCAUACACGGCAUCGAAGGCGCGCACUCGACGACCGGUGAGAAGACGGUGAUCCCUGGUCGCGUGGUGGGAAAAUUCUCCGUGUGCACGGUACCCAACCAGACGUGCCAGAAGGUGUGCGACUGCGUCACCAGGCACCUUGAGCGGCAGUACGCAAAGAGAAACAGCCCCAACAGUUUCAAGGUGACCAUGACGCAGAGCACAGAGACGUGGUCCAGCACACGCGCGAGGCCUCACACCAAGGCCGCCGUGGCUGCCGUGCGUCACACGUACGGCGUCAGUCCUGACCUCACACGGGAAGGCACGGCCGUGGGGGCGGCCAGCCACCUGUACAAGCACGUCUGCCCCGACAUGAUCGUCCUCAGCAUGACGCCCGGUGGUCGAAUACUCCACUCGAAGGACGAGUACCUCCGAGUCGAAGAACUCGUCGCCGGGGCGAAGCUGUUCGCAGCAUACAUGUUCGAGCUUUCUAAGCUCGCCUAAGGUAACGACUCAACGAACAAAGCACCGCCUGCCGUCCGGUACAAGGACCGAAAUAUACGCGAUGGAGGUCGCGGAGGACACACUAUUGGUGGUUGGCCUGCAUGAGUGGAUUCUCGGUGGCAGGAGGAUUUUGUCGCGCCUUCUUUGGACAUUCGCGAAACAUAACAUGUGAUAUUAAACCAAUCUGUCUAUUUUUAUGAUUACGAAUAAA